UUUUACGUCCCAAGGCCGCGCCAAGUGCACGUGCGUCUCACCGUUACCAUAACGACUGGUCGUCCCGACAGCAGAUCUUCGCUGCCCUAUGAAUGUCUGAGCAACUGCAGCUCCGGGGCCUCGGGUCAUUGGCUGGUUUUCAGUGAAUUAUGCCUUUUUGGUUUGGGACCCAGCCAAGGAGGUUUCCAAUGGAAGGGGGAGAUCCUUCAGUUGGGCUGGAGCCUGGGCUGAGCUCCAGUGCUUCCUGUAACGGGAAAGAGAUGUUACUAACCAGGCAACUCCGAAGAUGCCCUGGAAAUCAUUGCCUGACAAUAACUAAUGUUCCCAUCACUGUCUUUGCAACAAUGAGAAAGCCACCUGCACAAAGCAGCAAGGAAAUGCAUCCUAAAUGCCAUCAUUAAGUCUUUUGUAGAGGUUUGACUAGGUCAAGGGUAAUGGACCAGUAUCAUCUUAUGAUCUGGUAAGCAAAUAAAAGUGGUGGCACCUUU